CGCAGGUGCACAUACGAUGGGAAAAGCCCGCUGCACCACCUUCACCGCCCGCCUACAAGGCUCCACCACGGCUCUUGAAUACAUUCAGUUGCUGCGGCAGCUGUGCUCAGAAUCCGACAUCAACACGCUGGCAAACCUUGACCUUGCAACCCCAGCAACAUUUGACGACCAGUACUAUCUUAACCUUCUCUCCGGGGAGGGUUUGCUGCUUUCCGACCAGAAUAUCACGACCAGAGAUGAUCAAACGCGUGAACUGGUAGAAACCUACGCACAAGACCCGUCCGCCUUCUUCGGAGACUUCAAAGAUUCUAUGGUAAAAAUGGGAAGAGUGGAAGCUUGGGAGUAGUUACUGGGAUGAACGGAGAGAUUCGUAGGAAUUUGCCGAAGUGUCAAUUGACCUCUUAGCCUAAAGUGGUAA